GUCAUGUUCGUUUGCCUACAGGGUCUGAUAGUCGAGGUUUCUUCUACCAAUCAAGAACGACCAGCUUUCAUUUCUAGGUCGGUCGAGUAACACCGCCAGGCAUGUGAUAAUAAACGAAUAAGGUGGCAAUUUGCAUGGUUCACGGGGUGGGUUGCUGUUUGUCACUCACUGACUUGUGUCAAUUUGCAGAAAAUAUUUAUUUUUUCAUUUUCGUGUGUCAUCAAAUCAGUAAAAAAAAAUAAUAAUUUGUUUAGGGGUGGAAAUACAUUGUAGGAAAUUCUGUUUGGUCAUUAGAAAAAAAGUCCCAAUGCCUGUUAGCUAGUCCUUAGUUUGUAUAUCACUGAAAACAGUUUAAAUUAUACUUUGUCCUUUAUCAGCCCUAAUCAUUUUAAUUAGUGAAAGAUUUAAGAGCAGCUUCUUAACUCGACGUUUAUUUCCUACGCGCUUAAAAAGAAAAUUUGCUUAGUUUGGUGCUAAAUUGAAAAAAUUACCAUGGCUAAGUUCCAAGUGCGCUGUCUGUAUGACUUCCAAGGGGAACCCAACACAGCAGAAAUGUCCAUAUCCACAAAUGAAGUGCUUACUGUUACCAGGAUCGAUGUUGGUGAUGGUUGGUGGGAAGGCCUCAAUGCAAAGGGCCAAUCUGGUCUAUUCCCAGAAUCAUAUGUAGAAAAGAUAGAAUCUGGUCCUCCAAGUAUGCCAGCUCCAGUUUUACCACCCACUCAGCAGGGUUGGGGUUUACCUGGAAUGGAACAACCCCAUGAACAUGAUAAUCAGGAUGAUGAUGAUUGGGAUGAUUGGGAUGAUGAUAGUACUUAUGAAGCGCCUCCUAAAAGUAACAGUAAUUAUGUGGCAAAAGUAGAACCAGGACACACCGCGGAACAAAACCAAAACAUUAACCAACAGUUUGUCCUUAAUAGACAAAGUAUGCAAAGCGAUACCAUUUCUUUAUCGGGUGGAGCUGGAGCAACAGGGGAUAACAAAGGAACUAUCACCAAAAAGAGCCUAAACAUAUUUUCGAGUACCGUAAGAAGUGGCCUUGAGGGCUACAUAUUAGGUCUCACCAAAGAUAACUCAAACACAUCGACAAAACUUUUCCACAUAUACAGAGACAGUGACGAUCAGUUAGGCAGAUGGGAGCACAUCUCCAAUCCUUAUACCGUUCAAAUAACGUCGCGGAGCAAGGCGUCAAAAAUGGGUGGUCUCAAAUCAUUUAUAGCUUAUCAGCUAAUACCGUCUUUUACUAAUAUUGAAGUGUCUAGGAGAUAUAAACAUUUUGAUUGGUUACAUGACCGGUUAUCGGAAAAGUUUAAUUUGAUAGCGAUACCACCUUUGCCAGAUAAACAGGUUUCAGGGAGAUACGAGGAAUCUUUCAUUGAACACCGCCGGUCACAACUUCAAGAAUUCAUUAAUUAUAUGUGUAGACAUCCAGUUUUAUCGACUUGCGACGUUUGGAUACAUUUUCUAACUUGUACUGACGAAAAACAGUGGAAACAGGGUAAAAGAAACGCAGAAAAGGAUCAACUUACAGGGGCCAACUUUUGCCUAUGUAUAGAUGCCCCUGAAAAAGAAAUAAUGCCAUCGCUAGUGGAAGUUAAAUUGGAUGAAAAUCUAAAAUAUGUGGAUAAAAUGGAUCAAUGUAUUAAAAACCUGAUGCACGUGGCUCAAGAUCAGCACAAGAAAUAUACGAAUAUGUAUCAGAGAGAGUUUGAGAGAAUAGGCGAUGCGUUUUGUGCAUUAGGAUUUGCAUUUGAGUAUAAUCAGCAAGGAAUGUUUUCCAAGGCUUCAGUGGAUGUCCGCAACAUCGGUGCAACAUACACGGUUAUAGGCAAAUUAUAUGAAGAACAAGCGAAAUUAAGAAUAGAUUGGCUCCCAUUGUUCGACAAACUAUACAUCUACAAAGGCAUUACUUCAAAUCUACCAAACGUCUUGCAAAUGCAAAAAAUGGCCGAACAAAAAAAACGCGAGUGCGAACGGAAUAAUCAAACAUCCCAGGCCGCACUGGCAGAAAUACGUAGGAGGUCUGACGUUAUCACGUACACGGUAUUCGCAGAAUUAGAUCAUUUUCAACAAGAAAGGGACCAGGACAUGAAAAGGGCUGUGAAAGAUUUCCUAAAGGAACAAUUAAACUUUUAUAAAAAGAUCGUUUCGAAAUUAGAGGAGACUCUGGAUAAUUUUGAAUAGGUUUAUGAUUUGUUUGUUUGAAUCUUGCCUCCGGGUUGUUCAAAGUGUGGAAUGUCGCAGAUAGUUUUGUAAAAAGAGUAAGAAAUAUUUUUCCUUGAGAUUAAUGAAUAAGGAAAGAUUAAAAGUGUAAAAGGUAA